GAGGCUCGAGACCCGAUGGGAAUAGCCAACCCCGAGGUGGCGUCAUCAGCACCUGCCUUCUCCCGUCUGUUAACUCAUGUGAUCCUCACGGCUGCACCUCGGAGGUUUGACAUCUACAGGAAGGUGCCCAAGGACCUUACGCAGCCGACAUACACCGGGGCCAUCAUCUCUGUCUGCUGCUGCCUCUUCAUCCUCUUCCUCUUCCUCUCGGAGCUCACCGGAUUCAUAACCACAGAAGUUGUGAACGAGCUGUACGUCGAUGAUCCGGACAAGGACAGCGGGGGCAAAAUCGAUGUCAGCCUGAACAUCAGUUUACCCAACUUGCACUGUGACCUGGUCGGGCUGGACAUCCAGGAUGAGAUGGGCAGGCAUGAAGUGGGGCACAUCGACAACUCCAUGAAGGUCCCGCUGAACAGCGGGGCGGGCUGCCGCUUCGAGGGCCAGUUCAGCAUCAACAAGGUCCCCGGCAACUUCCACGUGUCCACGCACAGUGCCUCGGCCCAGCAGAACCCGGACAUGACCCAUGUCAUCCACAAGCUCUCCUUCGGGGACACGCUGCAGGUGCAGAAUGUCCACGGGGCCUUCAAUGCGCUUGGAGGAGCGGACAGACUCACCUCCAACCCCCUCGCCUCCCACGACUACAUCUUGAAGAUCGUGCCCACCGUUUACGAAGACAAGAGUGGCAAGCAGCGGUACUCCUACCAGUACACAGUGGCCAACAAGGAGUACGUCGCCUACAGCCACACGGGCCGCAUCAUCCCUGCCAUCUGGUUCCGCUACGACCUCAGCCCCAUCACGGUCAAGUACACAGAGAGACGGCAGCCCCUGUACAGGUUCAUCACCACGGUGAGUGGGCAGGGUGCCUGCCGGGGGGCGGGGGGGUCCUCCUCCUGGAGCCUCCACUGGUUCUUAAAUAAACAGGGCACAGCCCUCAGGACUGGGGGCUCAGGCUGUACAACAGGAGGCUUUGAUCCCUACGAUGUGCAGAACUGUCAUCAGAAUCACAUCGGUAUCGUCGGUGGUUCAUCAAGAAAAUGUUUUCCAGUGGGGAGUGCCGUGCAGCUCAUUGCUUAA